AUGUCAGUGCGUAAGGUCGUUGAUCUGGACGUGUAGAGGAGGUAGGUAGUCCGUUGUUCGUAACCUGCUCAGGAACGCGUAUAUUAUAUUAUAUUGUACGUAUUUGAUUGACCGAUAUUGUACAGUAUCGUCUUAUUAAUAUCGUCAUCGUUAAAUUAAUUAUUUCAUUGCCGAGGUGACUUUAACGCACCUGCGUGAGUCUAUUGUGUUCACUUUGAUUCGCGAAUCACUCUAACGUUCGCGCGUUAUCGACAUGUAGUGUAAUAUAAUUACGUAAAUUAUGUAUAUAUAAUCGUCGCGUGAGACGUCAAUCGCCGAUGCAUUUGUUUUGACACUAUACGUUAUCGACUGAGUUAUGUCUUGACGUCGCAGAAGCAACGUUUCAUUGCAUACAACAAAACACUAACCGGAAAACAUUUUGAUUAGCUGUUGUGAUACUAUGCGGUACUUAUGAGUGGCGUGGAAGUUCUACCCAUCGGAGCGAUUGCAGGGGCCGCGUCGCAAGUGGCCUGGUUCCUGCCCGUUUUGGUCGCGGCUAUUGCUUAUUUCCACUAUGAAGUAAAUGAUCCCGAGUCAAGGAUUAUAGAUCAACCAGGAAAUUUGCUUCUUGACCAAUAUGAUUUUAUAAUAGUCGGCGCUGGAUCGGCAGGUGCGGUGCUGGCGAAUAGGUUGACCGAAGUCGAGGAUUGGAGCGUAUUAUUAAUAGAAGCUGGUGGAGAUGAAACUGAACUAUCCGACGUGCCUUUGUUGGCUGCCUACUUGCAACUCACCCAGCUCGAUUGGCAAUAUAAAGCCGAACCACAGGAUACAGCAUGUUUGGCUAUGAAAGAUGAACGUUGCAAUUGGCCUCGGGGCAAAGUGCUUGGCGGGUCCAGCGUGUUGAACUAUAUGAUGUAUGUGCGCGGAAACCAAAUGGACUACAAUAACUGGCUGAAUCAAGGCAAUCCGGGUUGGGGGUACGACGACGUGCUCUACUAUUUUAAAAAAUCAGAAGACAACAGAAACCCGUACCUGGCGCGGACCCCGUACCAUUCGAUGGGCGGAUAUCUGACGGUGUCCGAGGCGCCGUACAAAACGCCGUUGGCCGACGCGUUCGUCAGGGCCGGCCAGGAAAUGGGCUACGACAUCCGCGACAUAAACGGCGAACGGCAAACCGGGUUCAUGACGCCUCAAGGGACCAUCAGGAGGGGAGCCAGAUGCAGUACGGCAAAGGCUUUCCUGCGACCCGCCCGACUGCGGAAGAAUCUGCACGUGUCCAUCAACGCUCACGUCACGCGCGUGGCGAUCAACCCCGAGACGAAAGUCGCGUUCGGCGUCGAAAUGAUCAAGGACAACACGCGACAUUUCAUCCGGGCCAACAAAGAGGUGCUGCUGUCGGCGGGUUCCAUUAGUUCUGCGCAACUGCUCAUGCUUUCGGGCAUAGGCCCCAAGAACCAUCUGACGGAAAUGGGUAUACCCGUUCUAGCCGAUUUAGAUGUCGGCAAAAAUCUUCAAGACCACAUCGGACUCGGCGGCCUUGCAUUUCUGAUUAACAAAGAGGUGUCGCUAACGCAAGAGAGAGUGGAAAACGUUCAAACGGUUUUAAAUUAUGCUACAAUGGGCGACGGACCGUUGACAGUCAUGGGUGGUGUCGAGGGAUUGGCGUUCAUCAACACUAAAUAUGCUAAUCAUUCAAUGGACACACCGGACAUCGAAUUACACUUUGUGUCUGGUUCCACCAACUCUGAUGGCGGUGUACAGCUUUGGAAAGCACACGGGUUGAAAGAAGAGUUUUACAAAUCUGUCUACGAACCGAUUAACAACAGAGACGUGUGGUCUGCUAUACCUAUGUUGCUGAGGCCCAAGAGCCGGGGCGAAAUACUGUUACGAAGCACCGACCCGUCCAUGUAUCCCAGGAUUCUGCCCAACUAUCUGACGGUCCAAGAGGACGUGGACACGCUGGUGGAGGGCGUCAAGUUCGUGGUGGCCAUGUCCCGGACCACGCCGUUCCGCCGGUACGGCAGUCGCCUGCACGACAUACCGUUCCCCGGUUGCGCCACGAUACCGCGGUAUACGGACGCCUAUUGGGAAUGCAUGGUCCGGCACUACACGGUGACCAUAUACCAUCCGGUGGGCACCGCCAAGAUGGGACCCGAGUGGGACAAGACCGCGGUGGUGGACCCGCGGCUCCGGGUGUACGGUAUCCACGGUCUCCGGGUGGUGGACGCGUCCAUCAUGCCCACGCUGGUCAGCGCCAACACCAACGCUCCGGUCAUAAUGAUCGCCGAGAAGGCCGCGGACAUGAUCAAGGAGAAAUGGCUGGGCAGGAAACUGUGACACGCGACGACUGUGAUUGCAAAUUGAGAGCGAACGUCUACAAUAUUGUUUUUUUCCGGGUCUUAUAAUAAUUUAUUAUUACCGCGACGAUUUCUUUCUUUCUUUCUUCUGUAUUUUUUUUUUCGUUAUUCUAUUAGUAUCGUAACUAUAUAAAGGUAUUAUUGUCAUCCCGACCUGUGCAAAAUACGUUAUUUAUUUAUUUAUUUAUUUAUUCGUAUACCUAAGUUAUAAUAAAAGACAUUUUAAUUUAUGUAUAAAAAAAAAAUACUAUUUAAACAUUUUGACAUUUCGAAAUUAUUUGUGUUCAUGAUAUUAUUUUUAAAUUAUUUAUAAUUAUAAUGUCUGCAAAUGAUGACUUGUUCAGAAUACUGUAUUAUCUUUAUUUAUCUAGACACUAUUGGAUGUUUUUAUUUAUUUUUUACUUUGAUUGAAUUAAAAACAUUCUGCAAUAGAGUAUAAAGAUGAUAUUUUAAAUGAUAACUCAUAAAAGAUUUAGUUCUACGUGUAUUAAUAUUAUUUAUGAGGUAAAUUUAACUAUUUUUUUUUUUAAUACGAAUCCUGUUUUAAUCUAAACAUCAUCGAUUAAAGACGCGUUAUAUUUAUUUUAAUAUCAAGCACAUGAUAUAAUAAAUUAUUGUAAAAUAAAUAAUAACGCAAAGACAUUAUUUAUAAAAUGAUUUGAGGAAGUAAUUUUUUUUUUUUUAUAUGAUUAUUAAGUAGAACUUUAAUGUUUUUCAUAGUCAAUAAUAAUUUAAUAACUCUUAAAUUAUUAUUUUAUAAGUCUAUACAGUUUUGAAAAUGCUUGUUUAUAUGACUGACAAUUGUUUGUAUACCAUAAUAUUUGCAGGCUAGUAUCUAUUCACAAUAUUUGAAUAAUAAUAUGAAUAUACAUAUUAAUUUGUAUAAUUGGCCUAUAAAUCCCUCAACUGAACUAAAAUCAAAUUAUCUAAAAGUAAGAUUUACAUUUGUCAAUUAUCCGUGGUCAUAAGUUAUUAUAAUGAUAUAGACUGCAUCAAAUAUAGAUAUUCAUUUAAGUGUUCA